AACAGGAGAGGGAAGGCUGGGUGGGGGCAGAACAGAAGGGAGAGGACAGCAGGGCAGACACUCUCCCAACACCUGCACCUGGUCACUUGAUUCACACUCCAACAACUCCCCUUUAAAGGAUCAAUGGAGCGACCUCUCCUUCACAUCACCGUGAUGGUUGCAGCCAUCCAGGCUUAAACUUUUUUUGGAAAGAGAGGACCAAGGGAUCAGCUGGGGAAUUUGCAAACCUAUCGGAUUGUUUUAUGCCUGCGCAGCGCUGCUGACAGAAGAUUUUCCAAUCCGGCUCCGAGUGCUCCAAACGCGGGGAAUGCAGCGGUAACAUCCCGCAAGUUUUUGGAUCUCAGAGGCGUCACCGACAAAAGCCAGAAAGCAAAAAAUAAAGAUUUAGAUCUCUGCGGGCUACCUGCAUGACUGUUACCAUGACAGCAUCUGGAGCCCAACUCCUCCUGUUGGCCUUAUGUGUUUACAGAGGCUCGGGCCUGCAGCAGUCUGCUCCGCGGGUUCGCCUCUCCUUCAAAGAGCUGAUGGACACCAGGGCAGCGCGACCCUUCAGUUUCUCCUUCAACACCAGCGACUACCGCAUCCUCCUGAUGGAUCAGGACCAGGGCCGCCUGUACCUGGGCAGCCGGGAGUACCUGGUGGCUCUGGACAUGCACAACGUCAACAAGGAGCCUCUCAUAAUCCACUGGCCAGCGUCCGCUAAGAGAAAGGGAGAAUGUCAGAUGACAGGAAAGGGAAGACAGGGUGAAUGUGCCAACUUUGUGCGUCUGAUAGAGCCGUGGAACCGCACCCACCUCUACACCUGUGGAACGGGGGCGUACCAGCCUAUCUGCACAUUCAUCAACAGAGGCUGGAGGGCAGAGGACUACCUGUUUAGGCUGGUCCCUGGGUAUGUGGAUUCAGGGAAGGGAAAAUGUUCCUAUGAUCCCAAACAGGAGAGCGUUGCGGUUCUGAUCAAUGGUAACCUGUAUGCAGGGGUCCAUAUCGACUUCAUGAGUACAGAUGCUGCUCUGUUUAGAACCAUGGGAGGGAGAACAGCAAUCAGGACAGAGCAGUAUGACUCCAGGUGGCUCAACGAGCCCGUGUUUGUUCAGAUCCAGCAGAUCCCUGACAGUGCAGAAAGAAACGACGACAAGCUUUACUUCUUUUUCCGCGAGAAGAGUCUAGACUCAAGCGGCGGGGCGAGCCCCAGCGUCUUAGCCAGGGUGGGAAGAGUGUGUCUGAAUGAUGAAGGAGGCCAGAAGUCCCUGGUGAACCGCUGGACAACGUUCCUGAAGGCUCGCCUUAUCUGUUCAGUGAUAGGAGAUGAUGGAGUGGAAACACGAUUUGAUGAACUACGGGAUGUGUUUAUCCAGCCCACACAGGAUGAACGAAACCCUACGGUGUAUGCUCUCUUCACUACAGCAGGCUCUGUGUUCAAAGGCUCAGCGGUCUGCGUGUACUCCAUGGCUGAUAUCCGCAAUGUCUUCAAUGGACCAUUUGCCCACAAACAUGGCCAUAAUUACCAAUGGACAGAGUACACUGGCAAGAUUCCCUACCCACGGCCUGGGACAUGUCCAGGAGGAACCUUCACUCCUGGUAUCCGUUCCUCCAAGAACUUUUCAGAUGAGGCUGUGAAUUUCAUCCGAGCCCAUCCUCUCAUGAUCCAUCCAGUUUAUCCAAUCCACCGCCGCCCCCUGGUGGUGAGAACUGGGGUGGACUACCGCUUCACUGCCCUGGUAGUGGAUCAGGUGGAUGCUGUGGAUGGACGCUAUGAGGUGCUCUUCUUGGGGACAGAUCGAGGCACCGUCCAAAAAGUUAUAGUGUUGCCGAAGGACCCAACUAGCAUGGAGGAACUGACACUAGAGGAAGUGGAGGUUUUCCGGUCCAGAGCUCCAGUCAAAACUAUGAAGAUAUCCUCCAAAAGACAACAGCUGUACGUGUCAUCAGACGCGGGGCUGACCCAGGUGUCACUGCACCGCUGUGGCGUGUACGGCCGGGCCUGCUCUGAUUGCUGUCUGGCUCGAGACCCCUACUGUGCCUGGGAUGGAGAGAGCUGCUCUGCCUUCACCCCAUCCACCAAGAGGAGGAGCAGAAGACAGGAUGUUAAACACGGCGACCCACUGAGGCAGUGCAGGGGCUUCAAUGCCAAAGUGGAGAAACGUCUGAGAGAAACGGUGCAGUUUGGGGUGGAGGGGAGCAGUACAUUCCUGGAGUGUCAGCCUCGCUCUCCCCAGGCUACUGUCAAGUGGCUGUUCCAGAGGGAAGGAAAGAGGAAAGUGACUCCUGCGGUUUCAUUCCCUUCUCUGCAGCUCAACCGUGUGGCAGGUGUUCUUAAGACCAACCAUGGCAUCCUCCUGAAGUCCCUCAACCAGUCAGACGCGGGGCUCUACCACUGCCUCGCCACUGAGAACAACUUUAAACACACAGUGGCCCGCGUGGCGCUGCGCAUCCUGGAUCGAGACAUCGUUUUAGCUCUCACCGCUCAGGAUGAGGACGAAGAGCCAAAAACUCGCCAAGCGGGACCAUACCCAGAGUCGUCCCUCGUCUCCACGCCCUUCCCGCCCGAGAUUAGACUGAUUAACCAGUACUGCCAGUCCUACUGGGAACAACUCAGCCCCAAACAGCAGCAGCAGCGCAAGCGCACCAGCCGCAGGCACACAGAGGGCCAGGACCAAGGCCUCGGUUAGAGGACGGGACCGACGCUGUCCAACACUGGUCUGCGUGGACUUUUAUGGUGGACUUUUAUGUUUGACAUGCAUGUUUGUGUGUCGCCUCCAGUCAUUAGGCAGGUGAUGCUGUCAUGCUGUCGUCAAAGUACUGUAUUUGUGGUUUUGCAAGUGUCAGUCUAAAGAAUGCAAAUUGUGUAUAUUUUACAUUACCUGUGACAUUUUCCCAAAGAAUACUGUACAGUUUUAGGAUUUUCUGUCUUUCAGGGAUCAGCUUGUGUUAAAGGACCAGCGGCUAGUCUUUAAGGGGGCAGAAAUGGAACAAAAGUAUGUUUUCAAUAGUGUAUUAUCACCUGAAUCUAAGAACUGUUGUGUUUUUAUUACCUUACAAUGAGUCCUUCAUAUCUACAUCGGUAGCAGGUCCUUGUUCAUGGAGCCUGUCAUGUUGCACCGCCAUGUUUCUACAGUAGCCAAGAAAGAACAGAUCGAGAUACGACUCUAGAUAGGGCCUUUUGUGUUUUAACGUAACCUGAAGGCCUCUGUAGGUUCUCAUACGUGCUUGGAAAGGGAGGGGUGAGCAGAGAAGUAUUCAGUUGGUUGCAAUCUGCAGUCUCACCACUAGAUGUCACUAAAUGAUCCACACCACUCUUUUAAUUUGACAUUUAAAUCAAUUUACAGACUUGACACUCCCUCAAGAUUCUUCACCAAUCACAGAGAUUGUUUUAAAACUUCUUCUCCAUAGUGUGUUCAGGUGCUUGUGGCAUCUGUUGCUUUAGAAUCACUGUGGAAGAUCAGCGUUUUAAUCUGAGAACUUAAAAGAAAUGUUCACAACUUCCAUGUUUGUUCAUCAUGUGUCUCCUAGGUUUGAUUUCCAAUUGGCGGCUGAUUCAUCAAAUUUGUAAUUGUCUUUAAAGGCACCAACAAAGAAGAGUUUUCUAAACAAGACUGCUCACUAUAAUAGAUUACAUAUUUCACACUUUUUUGUUGUUGUUUUGGAAAAUUUCAGAGCCCUUGAAAGGUGAUAUUUUUUGUUUUGUGCACUCAAGAUAAUUAACUUGUUCCCACAAGAUAAUUAAGUUGUGUGCACAAAAUAAAAACUAUCACCGUUUGGGACUUCAGUGGCGCCAUAUAAAUGGUAAACUGUGAUGUAAAGUAUAUGCAGCAUGUGGUUAACAGGCUCCAACAUGCAAAACCACAGGUAUGGUACUGUUAAGUAUCUUGAAACAGAAAUGUAAUAUAUUGAUUGUGAAUAUAAUAUAUAUGAUCAUUGGAUUACUCUUGUAUUGUAUGAAGAUAAUAUGAUGAUAUAAAUGCAUAAUGUUGCAUGCGUAUCUGUUGUUGUUUGUUGCAAGUUGUACAUUUUACUUGGUGUGUACUGAUGUUUGUAAGGUGUACUGUAUUCUGUUAAGCUAAUUCCAUUGGAUGUUGUCAUAUAAUGACUCCCCUACUGUCCUGUGCUCUAGUGACCUACAGUAUGUGAGUGUUGAAGAUAUGCAUAGCAUACAGUGUUCUUCCAGUUAUGCACUUUGUCGGUGGUGGUAUUCGAGGGGAUUUUGGGAUCUUUGCACAGAUGUAUGAGAAAAUGAAACGGGAACUUAAUGUUUUUUUUCUAUGUACAGUAUGUUAUUAUAAAAAUGGGAAUGGAACUGGCUCAGAUUUAGUAUUGAUUGUUGGUGUUCUGUUGUAUGCUGUAUUUACAGAUUUUUUUAAAACGGCUCUUUUUAGUGGAAGCAUAAGGAACAAGAUUUUUUUUUUUUCUUUUUUCCAGUCAGAGCCACAUUCACCGUCAUUGUGAGUGACACAGUGCUAUGCUGUCAUGCUGAUGAAUCCUACACUGGAAAUGUUCG